UUGGCCAACUGCCCGCUUCCAACAUGGCGGCGGAGGGAGCGAGAGAGGGAGGGGCCGAGGAUUCGAGACGCUCCACUGAUGACGGAGAGACACCGACCGACAUGGAGGAGGAAAGAGAGACUCUGAGGAGGCAAAUCCAACAACUACAGGGUCUCAUUAGCCAACACAAACAUAUACACGGCAACGCUCCAGCACCGGCGGCACCAGCACAUCCAAGAUGGCGGGACCCAUUGCAGCUACAGUACCGGCCUCGAGGAUCUUUCCGUGGAGGGGCUCCUAUAACCGGGUACCAACCACGACAGCCCCACCCACACAGCACAUGGCGAGCUCAGUACUCGCUGGUUAAUAGGACUUCUCGAGGAGCGGAACACAGCGCCCCCUCCCCUGUGGUGGUUCCAAGCGUCACUCCAGCAUCUCUUCUCAAUAAGGGAAAAUUCCCGGCACACAAUAAUGCAGCCAAAUCGGAACCAGCCAGCAGACAGACAGUGCCGGGGAACCCGACCGUCAUCAAUAAUAAUAAUAAUAAAACACUCGCUGUGCCAAAGGCAAAAUGUCCGCCAUCGGCGAGUGCCCAGAAGCCGCUGUCAGAUGAAGCCGCUGUGCCCUCCACGUCUGCAGAGUGGGGCGUCAGACUCAGGAAAAACCCUCCGGGGGCUCCUGGAGGACCUUGCAGGACAUCUGCCCAGGUCCCCCGGACCUCCCAGAACUUAUCCAAUACAACUCGGGGAUCUGCAGGAACACUGCCGUCUUCUAAUCGCCUCCCCCUCCCUCAUCUCAAACCUGCCAUCGCCUCCCCUCCCCCAAAUUCUAUGACCACUGCCAAGAACAAACUCGUCCCCCCCAACCCUUCUCCGAACCCACCCAAAACUACUUUGCCUGCCGUCCCUCCAACUAGAGCCCUCAGGUCUUCCAGGACUAAAUACACCUGGGUGGCCGAAUCUCCUAAAACCACCCCGUCUGCCAAAAAAGUCAGCCCGGGCGCAAAGAGGGCGAGCGCGGGUACGGAGAAGGUCAAGUCUCCAGCCAAUGGGAAUGGCAGCAAACCGAAAAAGAACAGCCCCCACCAAAAAUGUACCCCCAAGAACCGCUACAAGUGGAAAGCUCAGCCGUCCGCCGCCGCCUCCUCGGCACCCGCCGCUUCCAGCCAAACCGCCAUUACCAGGAGCGCUCAGAGGACACAGACUCCCGAGACCACCAGGUCGCCACAUGGCGUAGGGGGUGCCGCCGCUGCCUCUUACAGGGACUCCGGGAAUUCCGGCUACAAAGUGAAGAGCCGGACCAAGAUAGUGAGGAGGCGGAGCACUUCCAGGUCUCCUGUAGAGAAGAAGGCCUCCCCCCUCCUUCCUCUGACUGUGAAGAGUCGGUACGUCCUCCGCAGGAAGAGCGCCCCCCGGGUGAAGUCCCCGGUAACUGUGAAAAGGAGCUCCCCGCGUGCGCUGGUCCAUCUCUCCAAACACCGACUGAGGAGACUUCCCCCCACCAAGACGCAGUCCCCCGCCGCCCGGGACGGCAUCUCAUCCUCUAUGAAGAGCCCCCCUGUUAGUCGGGUGAUAAAGACACGGUACAGGAUUGUGAAGAAAAGCAGCACUCCUCUCAUCUCCUCUACAUUCUCUACACUCAACCCGUCUAUUUACUGGAGGAACCGGGUGCUCCUGUGGAACCGGUGGCGUCAGCUGUCCCACGUCCGGAGAGCCCACCCUCAGCAGAGAUGGAAGAAGAGUCUCCGGUGCAUCGAAGGCGCCAUCUACCAAGUCUCUGCCAACAAACUCUCCAGGGCGUGGAGCCCCGGUGCCGCCAGCAAGUCGACGCACAAAACUGGAAAAGCGGAUGUGAGCAGCACCAGCCCCAGCAACCUGCACUCAAAUCGCACAGCCACCCCGACCCAGUAUUUUGCAAGCCGUGCCGUCCAGCGCAGUCUGGCCAUCAUCCGGCAAGCCCAGCAGAAGAAGGCAAAGAAGGAGUACUGCAUGUAUUACAACCGAUUUGGGAGAUGCAAGCGUGGUGACAGCUGUCCCUUCAUACACGACCCUGAGAAGGUGGCUGUGUGCACCAUGUUCCUACGAGGCACCUGCAAACUGACGGAUGGGACCUGCCCAUUUUCUCAUAAAGCAUCAAAAGACAAGAUGCCGGUGUGCUCGUUCUUCUUAAAGGGGAGCUGUCACAAAACAGACUGUCCCUACAGCCACGUCUACGUCUCCAGGAAGGCUGAGGUGUGUCCGGACUUCCUCAAGGGGUACUGUCCCAUGGGAGCCAAGUGUAAGAAGAAGCACACAUUGCUGUGCCCACACUAUGCCCGAAACGGCACUUGCCCAGAUGGAGCCAAGUGCAAAUUGCAGCACCGCCAAAAGAAGAGGCGAGUGGAAAGCCAAACACCAGAACACCCGCCGCCAAUCUCUAAGCAAAGGCGGAAAUCAAAGGAGGAUUCUGGAGACCAACCACGAGCGGAGGGUCCUGGAAAUGUCUCUUCCUGUGAUGACGGGCACUCUGAUGACUGCAGGGGGCUGAUCAGUUGUCCUUCCUUCAUCUCCCUGGGCUCUUCCCAUAGCAGUGAACCUGCGCCCUCUUCGGAUAGGAGGAAACCCGCCGAGGACACAGGGAAGCCUCUGCAGAUCAAGCCCAGACUAUGACGUUGUCCAACCUCUACAGGUGCGAUUUUUGGAGCGACCACAACUCAGGGUUCCGCAUUCCUCCCCGCAGAGCUCCACCCAGAGGGCUUUGUGUGUAUUAUCCUCCUGGGCCCCCGAUGGUCAUGACCGCACACCUAAAAUCCCGGCCCAGCCGUUUACCGUGUUUGACGAUCUUCGUGUUCCCGAGGAACGCGCGCACAUUUCAUAGUCUAUACUCCUACAGAGAUAUCUAUUUAAUUUCAUGAAAAGUUUACUUCAUAGUUUUUUGGUAUAAGAGAGUUUAUAAUUAUUUUAUAUAUUUUAUAUCUUGGUGCUGUGGGCGGAGUCUACAUUUGUGUUUUUUCAGUGUUAAGUGGGUAAAACUCACCAAAUUCUCUUAGGGGCUCGUUCACGACGGCAGCAGCAUUGCCCAACGUAGCCACAGGGCAAGACCAAGGCAAUGUCCCAGGACAGUGAUGGCGGACCUUGGCACCCCGGAUGUUUUUGAACUACAUUUCCCA